AUGGGACAGUUCGACGAAUCUCUUACUUACCACAGAAUACUAGCCUUAGAAGUGGUACUACAUCAGAAAGACUGUCACCUUUUUUCGUGUUAUAGACAAAGUUGCAAGGAUAUCGACGAAAGCUUUCUAAAGAUAGGGAUUAUACAGAAGUCAAACACUGAACUUCAGUUUAUUCACAGGACUUUCGCAGAAUAUUUCGUGACAGAAAGCCUAAUUCACGAAUUGCAACUUCAGUUACACAACCCAAACUCGGAUUUUCAAGAGCUCUUCAUCGAUCGAAUAUUAACAUCUCCUAAUUAUCGAACUAUCCGAUCUUUCCUGGAGAAUUUUCUGAAGAAGCUCAUAAAUUCUAUACCUGCUAAUAUAUUCGGGAAAUAUCAGUCCCGUGCGCACUAUCCCAACUACUGGACACAAGGCGCUAAUCUUCUACACUUACUGAGUGAAGAAGGUUGCACGGCAACCCUUGAACUCAUUCUCAAAUGCGUUGGUUUUAAAAUCAUUACUGGCAAAGAAAUCAACAGCGCCGACUUGCAAAACUCCGGUAAAGAAAGAAACUUUCUGCAAUCUCUCGCGCGGAGCAUCGGGAUUAAAAGGCUUGGAGGGGGGAAUGUUUUGAAAGUUGUACGGAUCCUGGUACGAGAGGGCGGGGUUAACAUAAAGGAUAAAUUUGGGAGGGCGCCACUGCACUAUGCCGCUAGCGGAGGCCAUUUCGAGAUGGUGAAGUUUCUUGUCGAGCAUGGAGCAAAGAUCGACAGCGUGGACAAAGACGGUCACACGCCAUUGCAUUUAGCAGCAGCGACGAACGAUUUGGAUGGUGUAAAAUACCUCAUAAAGUCCAGCGACGAUGUCAAUGUCAAAGAUAACAUCGGACUGACCCCGUUACACUUCGCUUGCGCUAAUGGCCAGUUGGACACAAUCAAAUUCUUUCUUGAACUGGGCGUAGAUUUCCACGUCGAAGACAAUUACAAUCGCUCACUUGUGCAUUUGGCUGCCUCGGAAGGUUAUUUAGACAUAGUCAAAUUUCUCCUGGGGCUGAGUGCAGAUUUCAACGUCGGAGAUACGUACGGCCGUACUCCAUUGCAUUUAGCUGCCUCGAAUGGUUACUUGGACAUAGUCAGAUUGUUUCUUGAACUCGGUGUACGCGUAGGUAUUGGAGACAACUAUAACCGGACGCCUUUGCAUUUAGCUGCGUCGAAUGGUCACUUGGAUACAGUCAGAUCUCUUCUUGAAAUGGGUGUAAAGUUCAAUGUCAGAGAUAGUUACAACCGAACCCCACUGCAUUUAGCUGCCUCGAAUGGUCAUCUAGAUACAGUCAAAUUGUUUCUUGGACUGGGUGCAGAUUUCAACAUUGAAGAUAACUACAGUCACACGCCGCUCCAUCUAGCUGUAUCGAAUGGCCAUCUUGACACUGUCAAAUUCCUUCUUGGACUGGGUGCAGAUUUCAAUGCUACGGAUUAUGAUGGGUGUACCGCAAUACAUUUGGCAGCCUCGAAUGGUCACUUGGACACAGUCGAAUUCUUUCUUGGGCUGGGGGCGGACUUCAAUGCUGAAGAUAACUACAAACAUACUCCACUGCAUUUAACUUCCUCGAAUGGUCACUUGGACACUGUCAAAUUCCUCCUGAAAUUGGGUGCUGAUUUCAACGCUAGAAAUCUUGACGGUCGUACUCCACUGCAUUUGGCUGCCUCGAAUGGUCACUUGCACACUGUCAAAUUCCUCCUAGAAUUGGGUGCAAAUUUCAACGUUAGAAAUCGUGACGGUCGUACUCCACUGCAUUUGGCUGCCUCGAACGGUCAGUUGGACACUGUUAAGUUCCUUCUCGAACUGGGUGCAGAUAUCAAUCUUAGAGAUCGUGAAGGCAACACGGCACUAAUUUUUGCUGCUAACAAUGGUCACUUGGACACAGUCAAAUUUUUGGAAGAUCAAGGAGCAGAUACUAGUACAAAUAAGUGGUGA